UUAUUCGCCUCAUUCUUGCUCCCUUUCCACCUCUCUCUCUCUCUCUCUCUCUCUCAAAUCUUCAAGAAGACAAAACCAAAAACCCACUGUUUCAAAACCACCUAAUAUUUCCAGUCAAGAAAGAACAGCUCUUGUUCUUGUUUAUUAGCCCUUUUUCUUGAUUAUAUGUAGCUUUUGUGGGUCUUGCUUGGAUAUCAGUUUCCUGUGUUUUUUCUCCCUUGUUUUGUUGAUUAAGGACAAGAGAAAAAAAGGGUUCUUGAGAGGACAUACAUACAUACAUAUACAUAUAUUUGUAGGUUGUUGAUGCUGUUUGGUUGAAAUCUUGAAAGAAAUGUCUUGUUCUUUGAAGGCUGUUUAUGGGUCCAGUGUUUUGACUGUGGAGAACAGAGCCAAAGGGUCUUUUAGGGUUUGUUCUUCAAUUGAGGCUCUUCAAUUCAAAGAAGCAAUUCCAAAGGAGUUUUUGGCCAAAACCCUUGAUGCAUCAGAUCAGAAACCUGUUGACAGUUUCAGCUUAAAAGCUCCAAAAUUGGACCCUUUCAAUGCCCAACCAUCAUUGUGCAGGGGCAAAUCUCUGAGAUGGUGGGAAAAGUCCCUUCACCCCAACAUGAUAGAGAUCCAAUCAGCCCAAGAACUUGUUAUUUCCUUGUUGAAUGCUGGUGAUAGAUUGGUUGUGCUUGACUUCUAUUCCCCUGGCUGUGGAGGUUGCAAAACUCUGCAUCCAAAGAUCUGCCAACUUGCUGAAAUGAACUCCAAUGCCAUUUUCCUCAAGGUGAACUAUGAACAGCACAAGCCCAUGUGCUAUGCUCUCCAUGUCCAUGUCUUGCCCUUCUUCCGAUUCUACAAGGGUCAAGACGGCAGGCUCUGCAGCUUCAGCUGUACAAACGCAACGAUCAAGAAAUUUAAGGAUGCAUUGGCGAAACACGGCAACCAUCGUAGCAGCAUGGGGCCAACGAAGGGCCUCCAUGAGUCGGAGCUGCUGGCCUUGGCCUCAAAUGGUUUGAUAUCAAGAGAUUUAGUGAUGAACUCAACUCUGAAUCAUAAUGUAGAUGAAGAAUUGGUGUUGGCUUUGAGUUAGAGAUUCAUCCCUCCAAUUUUUGUUCUUUGAAUAUGUAUAUAGUUCAUUUCAUCUAUGAUUUUUAUUUUUAUUUUUUUGUUUUCUUGUUUUUCCCAUAAGCAGAGCAGGGCUGUUGGUUUUUUUUAGAUAUAUGCCUUGUAUGUUUGGAGGAUCUGAUAUUCAAAAUUUGACAUGAUGAGAUCAUAUAAAAUAUGUCAGAUUGAAUUUUC